CUACCUCUCUCACGAACAUCACUUCGGUCGUGCACGAGCGGCAUGUUCGAAGCCCACCUGUUCUGGUAGGGGGGUCUGGCCUGCUUGAAGUUGGUUGGCGUGCCCAACUGUAUGGGGUGGCACUUGCCUCGUUUGGUUCGACCUUCGCUUCCACCUUGUGCACCGCACACCAAUCUUCGAACACGGAUACCCCAGGCUGAACGCUUAGACAAUGUCGUUCCCAAAUUCUCCCAGCUUUUUCCCCUUUCUACAGCAGCCAGGCGAGUUGCGCAACAUCGUCUACAGCUACGCGCUAUCCGAGCCGGAAGGUCUUAAAUGCUGGGAGGAUAUGUUCCUGCCAAAGAUCACGGCUGAGCUUUCAUACAACGUCAUCAACCAGCUUCAGGACAUUUGCCAUGAAAUCCUCCAGGAAAUUCGGGUACUUAGAAUUCGGUACAAUGACUUGACCUACGAGACCUGCGUUGAUGCCUCACGUUUUACUCGCACCCUUCCGGUGACCGCCCUAGAGUCCUUGCGUAUGUUGCACGUCACCGAUCAAUGGAUCAGUGAGGAGAACAUUGGUGAAGGGAAAGCCACGGAAUACAUGUACGAAUUGUUUCACGUUUCCCGUAAUAUUCCGUUCAUUACUGUACGUCUUUCGUCCCGAAUGCUCCACUUACGGGGCGGUGUUCUUAAACUCCUCGCUGCCGAGUCCUACAUCCGAGGUCAAGACACGUUCUUACGAGGCUCAUCACCGAUCAGCAAGACCAAAGUUUGCUUGCAGCAGUCGUUGAGUCCAUUUCGCAAGACCGACUGCUUGCCGAGACUCUCGCAUACGUUCCAGUAAGUUUUCGACCAUGGCUCAAGUCGUUCGACGAACAAGAUUUCCAUAUGUACUGUGAAGAAGAAGAAGACGACGACAGUACGGCUCAGGGUGACUCGACGAAGUACCUGCUGUCCAGAGUCGAUGGAGGAUCGACCACU